CUCUCCUCCACCUCCACCCGAAGCAACCCACGUCAGAACCAAAUCUGCAUUGAACACACAGCAGCCAACCACUACCAAACACCAUCAAUGGCUCUCUCUUCUCGUGAGAUGGAGGUGCUGGCCAUGGCCUGGCACUGCAUGGAUCAAGAGCCGAAAGUCGAUUUCCAGAAGUUAGCUAAUCUAGCCGGCUAUAAGACCAAGGAGUCCGCGGGCGUCACGUUCCGCAACGUGAUGAAGAAGAUAAAGAACUCGGUCCCCACUCCUAGCGGCGGUACCGCAUCCGUUCCCGCCACCCCCAAGAAGCCAAAGACGCCGACCACCAAGACGCCCAACACCAAUGGAGCUGGAAGCAGCAACAAGCGCAACACUUCCAAGGCUUUCUCCAACAACCUCGCUGAUACUCCUUCCAAGUCUCAGAAGCGCAGCACCACAGCUACCGCUCGCGCAGACGAGGAAGGUUCUGGCACGGACUUUGCGCUCUCAGAGGGUGAGGAGGAGCUUAAGAUCAAACGACAGCUCAAGAGGGAGGUCUUGGAUGCUGGCCGCGAUAACGGCAGCUUCAUGAAGGAACUGGAGUCCCAGCAUGGUUCGGAUAUCUGA